AUAUUGCAUGCCUCAAAGCCUUAACACUUACAUUAAAUUAUCUUUCUGAGUUCUUUGCAUCCCUUAACUACUUGUGUGGAAGCUAUUAAAAUAACCAUGAAGAAGUCUAAUAGCUUCUAUGGUUAUUCUUUGAUUCUGGCUUUCUUUAUGUUGUUCCUUGCUGCAAGGUCUCAACUUAAUACAGAUUUUUAUAACACAUCAUGUCCAAAUCUUCUCACUAUUGUGAGGACACAGGUGCAAAAUGCUAUUAAGGUUGAAACGCGUAUGGCUGCCUCUUUGCUUCGGCUUCACUUCCAUGAUUGCUUUGUGAAUGGUUGCGAUGGAUCAAUACUAUUGGAUGGAAGCGAUGGUGAGAAGUUUGCUCUACCUAACUUAAACUCAGUUAGAGGAUUUGAAGUUGUGGAUAAUAUCAAAAGCUCUGUGGAGAGUGCAUGCCCUGGUGUUGUAUCAUGUGCUGAUAUACUAGCUAUAGCUGCCCGAGAUUCUGUACUCUUAAGUGGAGGACCAAUAUGGAAGGUUCUGUUGGGCAGAAGAGAUGGACUUGUGGCAAACCAAACGGGAGCAAAUAAUGGGCUUCCUUCUCCAUUUGACAACUUGGGUAAUAUCACUCUUAAGUUUGCAAAUGUAGGUCUCAAUGUCACAGACGUGGUGUCCUUAUCAGGAGGUCAUACGAUUGGACAAGCUAGGUGUGCCGUCUUCAGCAAUAGGUUGUAUAACUUCUCGGGACCAGGCAUUCCGGACAGUACUUUGGAUACGAAUAUGUUGUCCGAUUUGCAAAAUUUAUGCCCAGUGAAUGGUGAUGGAAACAAGACAACAUUCCUGGAUCGAAACUCAACUGAUUUGUUUGACAACCACUACUUUCAGAACUUGCUUAAUCAAAAGGGCCUUCUUGGUUCUGACCAAAUUUUAUUCUCUAGUGACGAGGCCAAAACCACAACCCAAAGUUUGGUACAAAGUUACAGCACUAAUCCUAGUCGUUUCUUUGCUGACUUUCUUAAUUCCAUGAUCAAGAUGGGAAAUAUAAGUCCACUUACUGGGUCCAAUGGAGAGAUCAGAAAGAACUGUAGGGUUGUGAACUCAUAAACUGUGCAGAACACAAGAAGGAUUUAAUGGAGGAAAAAACAAUAUAUAUAUAUAUAUAUAUAUAUAUAUACACAUAUGUGUAUGUGUGUGUACACUAAAGUCUGCUACUCGGUAUAUGGUCAGUGUAGUCAUGUAUCAUUGGGCCUUGUUUUAAUUCUCUAUAGUGUGGUUUUAUUGCUGUUUUUUUCAUUACUAUAGUUCGAAAUGUAUCUUAAAUAAUUUGGGAUAUGUAAUGCAAAAUAGAAUGAAGGCUUGAAAAUCAAUUUAUAA